GCGGUUACGGAACGCUGGAAGAAUUGCUGGAAGUGAUCACUUGGGCUCAGCUCGGAAUCCAUGACAAACCGGUUGGUUUGUUAAAUGUGGAUGGCUUUUACAAUUCGCUGCUAAGUUUCAUAGACCAGGCUGUGGACGAGGGUUUUAUUGCCCCCGCUGCCCGUCAUAUUAUUGUUUCUGCCCCCACGGCCCAUGACCUCGUGCGAAAGCUUGAGGAAUAUGAGCCCCGACACAAUGGUGUAGCUUCACAGCUGAGCUGGGAAAUUGAGCGGCAGCUAGAGUGCUCAUCCAAGACUGAUAUUCCACGUUAACUUAUCAAAAUACAACUAACAUGUACCCUCUAUAUCAUCAUCAUUUGAGUUUUAUUCUCUUUAUUUAGGAUAAGCUAUACAAAUCCUGUCCUUGUUCGCGACCUGAAUGAUCAACACCCUGUAAGGGCCUAGACAUACAAUAUGUGUAAUCCGGCCUUUUAUACACGGUCCUUUUUGUAACCGUGUAUAAAUUCGUUCCUUUAGACAAUGCAAUUUACUUUUCUGUUU